CCAGAGGUUCCUCUCGUCCCUAUUGGAUGAUGGAGCACGCUUGGAUUCGGGGUGGAGCAGCCUGAGCAGGAGAAAAUGCGUGGCGUAAAAAAAAGAGGAAGGUUCGUGAAGAGUUCUGCUCCUCCAGAGGUUCUGAGCAGCAGCGCGCGCGCGCUCUCCGCUUCACCGUGGCGAACGGCGGCUUAAAGAACUCCAUUCCGGAACCGCAGAGGACAGAAGUGUGAAGGAACGCGCUGCAGUCGCGACACACCUCUCGGGGAAGCCGUUUGGAGAGGUUUUACGCACGGUGCAGGAUGCAGGCGCGCUACUCCGUCUCCAGUCCCAACUCUCUGGGAGUCGUUCCCUACAUCAGCGGCGACCAGAGCUACUACCGAACCGGCGGCGGCUACACCGGCAUGCCGGCUCCCAUGAGUAUGUACUCACACGCGGCCCACGACCAGUACCCGGCCAGCAUGGCCCGGGCCUACGGACCGUACACCCCCCAGCACCAGCCCAAGGACAUGGUGAAGCCCCCCUACAGCUACAUCGCCCUCAUCACCAUGGCGAUCCAGAACUCACCGGAGAAGAAGAUCACCCUGAACGGGAUUUAUCAGUUCAUCAUGGAGCGGUUCCCCUUCUACCGGGACAACAAGCAGGGCUGGCAGAACAGCAUCCGGCACAACCUGUCCCUCAACGAGUGCUUCGUUAAGGUGCCCCGGGACGACAAGAAGCCCGGUAAGGGCAGCUACUGGACCCUUGACCCGGACUCCUACAACAUGUUUGAAAACGGCAGCUUCCUCCGCCGCAGGAGGAGGUUCAAGAAGAAGGACGUGCAGCGGGAGAAGGACGACCGGGACCGGCAGAGUAAGGACACAAACGCGCGCAGCACCAGCCGGGACCAGGACCCGCCGGUGCCUGGCUCACAGCCGGUGCGGAUUCAGGACAUCAAGACCGAGAACGGGACCUCCACGCCUCCCCAGGCCGCGUCCCCGAGCCUGGGUGCCGUGCCUAAGAUCGAGAGCCCCGACAGCAGCAGCGUGUCCACGGGGAGCCCCCACAGCGUGCCCUCCACACGGUCCCUCAGCAUGGACGGAGCCGAGCACCAGCACCACGGCCAGGCCCCGGCGCAGGGCUUCAGCGUGGACAACAUCAUGACGUCCCUGCGGGGGUCUCCGCAGGCCGACCUCUCCCCGCCGCUCAUCGCCUCCUCUCGGACAGGUAUCACCCCCUCGCUGUCGCUCAGCUACUCCCCCAGCCAGACCCCCGCAUACAGCUCCAACACCUGCAGCCAGAACCCCAUCAGCAGCUCCAACGCCACGUAUCACUGCAACAUGCAGGCCAUGAGCCUGUACACCGGGGACAGGUCGUCCGGGGGCCACCUGGCGCCCCCCACCACGGUGGAGGAGGUUCUUCCCGACUAUUGCACCACGACCACCGCGUCCCCGCUCGGACACGGAACCCUGAGUCAGGCGGGCCAGGAGGGCCCCCACACGCACCAGGGCCGCCUCGCGUCCUGGUAUGGGGACCUGAGCCACCUGAGCCCGGGAUACCCGGCGACGCAGCAGAACUUCCACUCGGUGCGGGAGAUGUUCGAGUCCCCGCGGAUCGGACUGAACGGUUCCCCGGUGAACGGGAACAGCAGCUGCCAGAUGGCCUUCCCGUCCGGACAGUCCCUCUACCGAACCUCAGGAGCGUUUGUUUAUGACUGCAGCAAGUUCUGAAGCCCAGCGUCUCCCUGAAAGCAGCAACUCUAAUAUAUGUCCUCUAUAUUUUUGUACUUUGGCUUUGAUUUACGCUCCUAAAGGACACGAGAGCCCUUUAACACCAGAACACGUAAGUGCCCUCCCGUCUCGCUCUGAGAUCCUCAAACACCAGCUUCCCCCGCCAGACUGUAAACUAGAACCUAACAUAGUAAUUUAUUAUAGGAACGGAAGUGGUGGGGACCAAACACCUUUGACUUUUCAUUCCUUUGUUUUUAUUUCUGCCUUUAAUGGUUCCAGUUGUAUAGAAAUAGCGGGGGCUCAUAUGACCUAUUUUAUUCCUUCUGUGUUUAUUCUGAUAGCUGAAGGCAUCGCCGUUUGUUUUGUUUAAUAAAGCGCCGUUUGUUGGAUUUUAAUUGGAGUGACUUAUUGGCCUAAAGCUGCAGGAGUUGGUCUAGAGUCACAAACAUGCUGUUAAAAAGCUAAAAGCAGAAUCAGUAAAAUAAAGGUGAGAAUAAAACCAAACCGGA